ACAGACUUCCCACGUGUGUCCUGCUUUAGUUGCAGCUUUUGUCACAACUGAUUACAUAACUCAUCCUCCAAUUGGCCCCGCUUUCUACAAAAGCCCCACUAAGUUUUCCUAAGGUAUGAACGAAGCGUCAAAAAGUUGGCGGGGAAAUCUGAAGGGGCAACUCCGAAUUGCGCCCGCGACAAGCUGAACAAGUCUUUGAUGCAACAUCAAUAAUAAGGAGCGCGCGUGCGGGACACAUAUUGCCGGUACUCUUAGGAGACAUCAGCGCCUCCUUCUCUGCUGCCGACCAUCCAGAACUCUUUGCCGACACGCGCACCACGCCCCAACUCCACUACCGGGUCCUUGUCCUGCGCUACGCCUCGAUAUGUCGACCACUACCGUGGCGAGGCCUGCAGCCUCUGCCACUCUUGCACCAGAAGGCGAACGGUUUCUAAGAUGCUGCGCCGAUAUUGCAAAUGCGCUCAUUGAAGACUACGAGGCGGCUGCGCGAGACCCAAAACACCGGCAAAAAGAUGUGAACCUGAACAGUCUGCGAGGCAAAUUCUCCCGCAAGCACAAGUUGAAGAAGAUCCCACCUUUGACUGCAAUCAUAGCCGCGGUCCCCGAGCAUUACAAAAAGUACAUCCUGCCAAAGCUCAUUGCGAAGCCGAUUCGAACGUCUUCUGGUAUUGCUGUUGUUGCUGUCAUGUGCAAACCGCAUCGAUGCCCCCACAUCGCAUACACGGGCAACAUCUGCGUUUACUGCCCAGGUGGUCCCGAUUCAGACUUUGAGUACAGCACACAAUCAUACACUGGUUAUGAGCCAACUUCAAUGCGAGCCAUCCGUGCCCGCUACGACCCAUUUGAGCAGGCCAGGGGUCGUGUGGAUCAGCUAAAGGCUCUGGGACACUCGGUGGACAAGGUUGAGUACAUCAUCAUGGGCGGUACCUUCAUGUCACUACCAGAGUCAUACAGGGAUGACUUUAUCUCGCAACUACACAAUGCUCUGAGCGGUUAUCAGACGUCAAACGUCGAUGAGGCCGUCGAGGCUGGCGAGAUGAGCAAUGUCAAGUGCGUUGGCAUCACGAUAGAGACCAGGCCCGACUACUGUUUACAGCCACACUUGUCUAGCAUGUUGAGGUACGGCUGCACACGGUUGGAAAUAGGAGUGCAGUCAUUGUACGAGGAUGUGGCGCGCGAUACCAACAGAGGUCACACGGUAGCAGCAGUUGCGGAGACCUUUUGCCUGGCCAAGGACGCCGGCUUCAAGGUCGUGAGCCACAUGAUGCCCGACUUGCCAAACGUCGGCAUGGAGCGAGAUGUGGAUCAGUUCCGAGAGUACUUUGAAAACCCAGCCUUCAGAACGGAUGGUCUGAAGAUCUACCCGACGCUAGUCAUCCGCGGUACCGGUCUUUACGAACUCUGGAGGACAGGACGAUACCAAAAUUACACACCCAAUGGGCUUAUCGACCUAGUGGCUCGGAUUCUCGCCCUGGUUCCACCGUGGACGCGCAUUUACCGUGUCCAGCGUGAUAUUCCCAUGCCGCUCGUCAGCUCGGGUGUAGAGAACGGCAACCUGCGGGAGUUGGCUCUGGCGCGUAUGAAAGACUUUGGUACAACAUGCCGUGAUGUCAGAACGAGGGAGGUCGGCAUCAACGAGGUCAAGCACAAGAUACGGCCAAACCAGGUCGAGCUCGUGCGCCGUGACUACGUUGCCAACGGCGGCUGGGAGACAUUCUUGGCAUACGAGGACCCUAAGCAGGACAUUCUUAUUGGCCUGUUGCGGUUGCGUAAAUGCACUGAAAAGUACACUUUCCGCGAAGAACUCACGGGUCAGCCAACAAGUUUGGUGCGGGAGCUGCACGUCUAUGGUACCGCGGUGCCUGUGCACGCCCGAGACCCCAAGAAGUUCCAGCAUCAGGGUUUCGGCACUCUGCUGAUGGAAGAGGCAGAGCGUAUUGCCCGUGACGAGCACGGCAGUGAAAAGAUAAGUGUCAUUUCGGGUGUCGGUGUCCGCAGUUACUACAAGAAACUGGGAUACUGGCUCGACGGGCCAUAUAUGAGUAAAUGGCUUGAUGGGAGGCCGGGUAAUUAGCUAUCUCCCUAGAUAGACGCUACCAAUCGACCUUUCUGACUCACUCUUCCCCCACUAUAUAUCCCUUUUCUUUUGAGAUACCGACACGAGUUGCAGAA